AUAAAAACAAAGGAACUCACCUCCUCUAUUUCCUGCCGUUAGACUGAGACGGCAGUCUUCUGCUCGGGUCUUAAAAAUCCUAGCUUUUACGCCGUUCCUUGGGCCGGGGUUGUUCGUCCUUGAUGAGGGUGGAGGGCAGGUUGGCGUCGGAGAGGAGGAGGCCGUCGCCGGAGAGGAGCACGAAGCGCCGAAGAAGGUCGGGCUCGAUGACGACGCGAGUCCAGACGCUGUUCGAGACCUGCAAGGAGGUGUUUGCCGACGGCCAGGCCGGUACCGUGCCGUCGCCGGAGGACGUCGAUCGGCUCCGGUUCGUUCUCGAUAACAUGAAUGGAUUAGAUGUUGGUGUAGCUGAAAACAUGCCAUAUUUUCGGAACAAGGAGUCCGGAGGAACUCCCAGAAUAACAUAUCUACACCUUUACGAGCGUGAUAAGUUCUCGAUUGGUAUCUUCUGUUUGCCUCCAUCAGGUGUCAUUCCACUUCAUAAUCACCCAGGCAUGACUGUAUUCAGCAAGCUUCUCUUUGGCUCCAUGCACAUCAAGUCGUAUGACUGGGUCGAUAUUCCUCAAGAUUCCAACGAUGUCAUCAACCCUGCACAGUCAGCACGACCCCCAGAAGUGCGUUUGGCAAAGGUCAAGACCGAUGCCAUCUUUACAGCACCAUGCGAGACCUCGAUACUUUAUCCUGCAGAUGGAGGCAAUAUGCACUGUUUCACUGCAAGGACAUCUUGUGCAGUGCUGGAUGUCCUCGGUCCUCCUUAUUCCGACUCUGAAGGAAGACACUGCACGUAUUACAAUGACUUUCCUUAUGCAACUUUCCCCGGAGCUGCGGAUGUGGCGCCUGGUGAGGACGAGGGCUACGCUUGGCUGGAAGCGAGAGAGAAACCGGAUGACUUCAUUGUAGUUGGGGCAAAAUAUAGGGGCCCGAGAAUAGUGGAGCGCUGAUUAAAAUGAGCCAUAUUAAUUCUCAGUUCUUAUCUAUCCACUGCAAUAUUUUUUUCUUGAUCAAGUUCACCUGGGGCUGCCUUUUUUUGUUUUUAAUACUUUUCAUUUGUUAUGUUUCUGAGCAUUUUCUUCUUAUUUAUUUCGGACUCAUGUUUUUGGACAAUGGUAUGGUACAAACACUGGGGAAAAAAAGAUUGGAACGUGGUUUGGGGUUGUGCAGGUCCCUGGUUUUGCUCCAGUGUUGGGGGGUUUAUUUUAUGAUUCUAAUCCACUUGAAAUAUUAUUUUUUUUGGCUGCUCCUGGUCCCUGGAAUUCCUGCGGGACACUGAAAAGAUUUGGGUUGACGGAGAACAGGGUCCCUUUGUUUUAGCUCCAGUGCUUUGAAAUGUCUCUUGGCUGUUCUCAAACAUUUGACAGCCUUUAGUACACUGUAUCUUGUCCUUCUGAAGACUAAUGACCUCGCUUCUGUUGAGGAAGGACUAAAAUCAGAAAACAGAGCAGAGGAAGUGCAGGCAUCAGCGUCAGUUUUCCUUUGUACCUGUCUUGAAAAAAAAUUGAUACGCUGGUUACUGAAGCUCUGUGAAACCUUUAGUUCAUUGAGCUUUUGUUGUUUCUCAAAAUUAAUUACCUAAGCAGGCUGCUGAAGCUUGGGUUUACAAGAUGAGGGUAAUCCAGAUGUCCUUUCAGUUAAUAUUUUAUGCAAGUAGCCGUGCUGCUUGUUCAAUGGAUAAGCUUAGCUUCUCUUCAA